AUGGAGCAAGACUGGAGGACGAAAGCCUGCUGCGCCAACGCGCAGGACAUCGCUCCUAGAACCAAACGAAGGCCAGAUUCAACAGCAGCCGUGCCAUCCUUGUCAACCGAUAGUGCCUCCUCAGGCUCAACGCCAUCGAGUUUGUCGUUGCACACCAUGUGGGCAUCGGGAAUUAUCGGCAGUGGUAUUUUGGAAGAAGAUGACACGGGGGCACUCGUCAUACCCCCCGGCCAUGCCCUCCAACGACAUAUCCAUUCUGCCUCACCACCGUCAUCUCCUAUUUCCGGCCAGCAACAGUUAUAUAUCUGCCUCUUUCAUAUUCUCGAUUGCCACGAUACUUUUUACGACUCCGAACAGUGGAAAACACAUGUUUUGAGCCACUUCCGUACGUACGAACCGCCGGACAUUGCUCGAUGCCCGCUGUGUCCUGCGGAGCGGUUCAACAGCACACCUCAUCAAAGGGCCUGGGAUCUUCUGCUCGAACAUGUUGAUGUAGCCCAUUAUCAGCAGGGUCAGUCACUGGCAGGGAGUCGGCCCGAUUUUGAAUUAAUGCGAUACCUUUAUAACUUGAGAGUGAUCAGCGUCGACCAGUUCAAGGUGAUGCAGCUCGCUCCGCCGCCGUCCAAUCCUGGAUACCACCGGCGGCAGGAACCAGUCCGUGCGAGUGUCGGCUCAUCCGAUGAGCCAUAUUGUGUUCCAUAUAGCCGGCGACGAGAGGAUAGAAUGCGAGGACAACGACGAGGUGUUAAUGUACCGUAA